CAGCGACAGAUCAGAUCAGAUCAGAGCUCGACAUCGGCCACUAACUCCAUUUGACAUGGCAAUCAAACUGUUUACCCUCUUGGCUAUUGGCCUGGCCCUUGCCGCCGUCAUCGAUGCCCGUCACGUCUCCGGACACCGCCGCCAUCCGCAGCAGCAGCGCGGCAUCGUUGCCAAGCCCCACCACGGCGCACAGACGCGCGUCUUCCCGGGCGCCGUGGCCAUCAAGAAGCUGGUGCUGCUCAAGUUCAAGAAGAUCGUGCCCAUCUCCCUGAUCCUGCUCAAGUCGAGCAACGACAACGAGGCCGAGCUGGUGCCCGUCUACCCGACCGAUCAGAUACCCGAGAACGUGCAGUUCAUUCCCACGCCCAACGGCAUCUCCGGCCACAAGGAUGUCCAGGCCAUUGCCAUACCCAGCGAACUGCACGAACAGCUGCAGAUCAACGGUCUCUCCAACGUGGAGAACAUCGAGGCUCUGCUCCAGGGUAGCUCCAUCAUUGGCGACAGCGUUCAGUCCGAGGACGGUGCCAGUCCCGUGGGCAACAGCAUUGCCGUCGCCCAGCCCGAGGACGCGCCCCUGGUGCAGAACGACAACGACGACACCCAGCUGCUAGAGGGCGCCACAGUGCCAGCCGCUGGCGAGGUCAGCGCCAGCACCCGCCGCCUCUCCAGCAACGAGCUGCUGCACUCCGGCAUCCGCAACUCCGCCCAGCUGCAGAAGACCAGCGUCGAGGAGAUUCCCCUGCUGCUCUACUCGGCCACCGAUGGCGGUGCACCCGGCCAUGAGGUCUUCGGCGAGCGUCGCUUCGUAGCCGCCACCCCGGCACGCCGUCGCCACCACCAGUUCUACAACUAAGACGCUCGGCUCGAUGGCCCCUCGCUGCCGCCUAUUUAUAACCGCAACUACUCCGACCCCAGCCUAGCCGAGCCUGGCCCGGCCCGGCCCGGCCUAGCCUAUGCUGAGGCCUAUCCACUAUCUGUAGCUUUUCUUCUACCCGGCUGUCACAGCACGGCAUGGGGCUUUUCUUUUCUAUUUAUUUUGUUUUUUUUUUUUUUUUUUUUGCUUGUGCUAUUUGCUUAGACUGAACUGAAUAUAAAUUAACAUUAUGAGAAAUGACAAAGGCGCGCGAUGUGUUGGGCUCUCUGGUUCCGGGGCUCCAUGUGGGUAGUGGGGCCGGCCUUGUUUUUCCUGCGCUUAUCACAAUCUGAAGGCGACGACGAUGACGGCGAGGACGACGACGAUGGCGCAGUGCCUGCAGUUAUCAGCUUUGUUGUGCCGUUGACGUGACGUGUCCUGUGCCUCUACCUCUGCCUCUACCU